AUGCAUUAUAAAAAAACAUCUAAUGGAGAUUAAUUUACAUUUCUAAAUAAUCGAGUGAAUGAAUUAAUGACCUAAGUGGAAAAAUUGGAGUUGAUUAUAUAAUAGUAAAAGAAAGAAAUCAGUUAUUUAGUGACAGCUCCAUUAAAUGAUGAAAAUAAUUAUCUAAAAGAAAAAAUAAAACUCUUAGAAUAAGAGAAUACAUCUUAAAUGGAAUAUUAUGAAGAGAUAAUACUCUAACAUUAAAUGAGAAAUCAAGAAUAUGCAAUUAAAGUUAAAGAAGAACAAAAUUCAUUUCAAUUAUAAAUAGACUAAUUAGAAAUGAAAAUUCAAAUCAUCUUAGAACAUAAUGAUAAAUUAUAAGAAUAAAUUAAUUAGAGAGACAACAUAGAAUUAUAAUAAAAGUAUUCUAAACUUAUAUAAGAUCAUAAUCAAAUCUAAUCAAAUUUUGAAAUCUUGAAUAAAGACUAUCAAUUACUUAAAUAAGAAAAAGAUAAACAAGACUAAGAAUUAUGGUUAUUGAAAAAUUAAAAUGCAUAAUUAAAAACAUAAUCUAUAUAUCAAUAAGAAUAAUCAAAUCAAAAAGACCUAGAAUGCAGUUAAUUAGUAAAUGAAUUAAGUUACUUAUAAAAUUAACUGCAUACUUAAAUUUAAUAAAAUAAAGAUCUUAAAAAAUAUAAUGAUGAUAAAAGUGUAAUUAUUGAUUAAUUGACAAAGCAGCUAUUAGAAUUAAAUUAAUAUUUGAUUGAUCAUAAAUUUAUAUCAUAAUAAUAAUGA